CAUUUAUAACAAGAACGUGGCUGGGGAUCCUUUGCUUCAAGUUAAAACAACGACUUAAUAGCAAGCAAGGCAAAAUAAACACACCCUAUUCGACGGUUCGAUAUAAUACACGCGGAUAUUUUGCUGCCUUGCGUAGUCCUAAAUAAAACACGAUUGAAACACGAGUCUCCUGAACUGACCUCAGCAGGAAUGUAAAAGAAUAUUGGGGCUUGCUAUAAGUGUCUUGGCUUUCUUCCAACAGUUGUCUGUACAAAACGCGUUUUAGUUUCAUUCCACAACUAUUUUUGAAACAGUUCCUCGUAUCCUUAAUGUACCUUCAAUUGUCUAGUUAACAAUUAUUCCACGAGCGCGCGUUGGAUAUGAGAUGGAUGGUAGCCAACGAGGCUCGUAGUGCGGAGUUGGCUUUUAUCAUGUCAUAUCCAACAAGCGCGAGUGGAAUAAUUGUUUUAUUAAAAACGUCCUAAAAUAUAGAAAACUAAACUAAAAUAAAAAUAAAAACGACCCAAAAAAUCACGCGUACGCUUGCCAUAUUUAGCUGUAUUUGAGUAAUGGCUCAUAACCCACGAUGGCUAAGCCAACAAAAACUCUCGAAUUGUAUUAUCCAAUGAUCCAGUCUUUAAUAAUUUUCCUUAUCCAUACGUUCUAUUGUUUUCUGUUGAAUAAAGUGGAACGCUUUAUCUUGUGGGUCUCCGUUAUGGGAUCAAAGAUACUGGCGCCACAAGAUCCUUGAGAAUUUUUAGCCAGAUCGUUGUCUUUACAUUGUGUUUGUGAAGGAAGCUUUAUUCCCACUCUGACUUUCCACUCAAAUGUAUAUAUGGUUCCAGUAAAUUGUUCAAGGGGUCCUUCAAAUCUGCCUUGAGCAUCUUUGUUUUUAGAGGGUAGUGGAAUGUUCUUUUCGCUUCACGGAACAGAAACCCGUUGUUAGACGCAGGAUGUGUGGGUUGUUUGACUUGUGAGAAAUGCUUUUUGUUUCGUUUCCGGCAAAUUCAGUCAGGAAGUACGCAACAGCCGUGUUAAAAUGACAUUAUGUAUAUCAUCGAACAUCUGGUCAGUGCAUUUUUGGAUUGUUGGCACCAAGGCAAAACCAAGCAGACGAAGUUCAUAAGAACUUGUCAAACUAUCCGAAGACUAUAUUGGAAGCAGUUACCAUGAAGCCAGUUUUCAGAGGAACUUUUGUGAUUAUUGCCAUACUGAUAUGUCUUGCUGUAUGAACACAUGGAGAUGGCAUCAGGACAACCACGAAUAGAACUUGAGCCGCUGAAAGAUAAAACAAGAAGUAAGAAGCUUCACUUUGGCCAAGGCAUAUUCAAUGGACUGCAAUGCUGUGUGUUAGAGGGUUACCCCUGCUAUGUCAACUCAGAUUGUUGCAUGAAGACCUGUAAACCCGUUUCCAGUGUUGCUUUAGUUACAAAGAUCUGUAACAGCAGUACUUCGACUGAAGAAUCUACAGACAGUACAAGAAGCAAACAGUCUCUCUUACCCGAGCUGAUCGACCUGCAACAGACUAAGAAGACAGAGAAGCUAAACUUGACUCGAGCGUAUUCAGUCACUGCAAACAUAUAGUACUGUCAAAUAAAAUACAUUGCACCGCAUAAAGUGUAAAUCUUUUGCCGGUUUUAAUACAAUAAAUUAUGUUGUGGCUGAACAAUAUCGUUAUCGUAGUAAAAUGACUUCAGUUAAGACUCACAGGAUGAGGUACACUGAAGUGGCCGUACACAAUCCACUGAAGAGGAAUCUAGAAAAAUGAAUUAGCAAAAAACCCAACACAAAACAUCAAGUCACUUGAAGUACGAGGGGCUUUCACUCUUAUUUAACACACACAAGCUAUCACAUUUAUACUUUCCAUUCACUGAAUGCUGUAAUACCGGCUAAACCCAAUAUACAAUUAGAUUAAAGACAAGUUCCCACCUAUUAUGGCUUUCUUAUGGUAACUUAUAACACCAACAAGAAGUGCGAAUUUCUGCUGACAGAUUAAUUGAAGUGAAAUCAAUCAAAACGAUCUGAGCACUCCUCUGACUAGAAGUGUUGCUGGGUGACAAAAUUAAAUCAAAAUGUUGAGAUUGCUCCUUGAAAGUCUUCCAGAAAAAAAAAAAAACAACAACAACUGGUGUCCAGUGCGGGAUAAAAACGAAAGGGUAAAGUCAAUUCCAAUGCUAUGAGUUGGAGGAGUCACUGAGAUGGCUCAUGACUACGGAUGGCGUUUAACCGCAGUUUCAGUAGAAUGAAGUGGUUAGGAGUAUUGCUACUCCCCUCUGGAUGGGAUGCUACUGAGUCUAUCGCAGGAUUACCCCAGCAUUCUGUCUUGUCAGGUUGCCUCAAUGAUUUGCCAGUGCCCAUUUAUAGGCGCUGUGAGGGUAAGGUAUCUUGCCCAAGAACACAACACUGUUACCCUGGCCAAGGCCCGAAUCUGGCUCGCUCGAUCCGGAGACUACUGCACUAACCAUUAGUUCAGUGACGAAUAAAGUACAGCUGAGUCUAGCUAAUUUGAACUCGGCAAUUUCGAAUUCCCCGUUAUUUUGAACUCAAAGCCAUUUCCCUUGGAUUUGGCCGUCAUUCAAUUACUAUUGUCUAUUUCGAGCCGCCGCCAUUUUCAAACUAUAUUUUUGUUUCCUAAGAGUUCUAAAUAGCGGGCUUCAACUGUAUUAAAUGUAUUCAACAUUUUAUGAGUUCUUUCAGCUUAAUUUUAUUCGUAUUAUGACAUUUAAAAGAAUGAUUAGCGCAGAGUGGGCACUUUUGUUAACUUCUUGGUUCAGAGUGUGACAGGGGAGCAAAUAUAGAGAGUCUAGAUGGGACUUAACUGUAGCUAAGAAUUGGCCAACAUUUUUUAAGCGUUAACUGAGAACUGCUGCGUUUUUAUCUGAUAGUUGAGAUUUGAAUGGGUUGAAAAUUUAACUGAUAACUGAGACUAGACUCUUGAUAUAGUAACAACAAGCUUAACUCAACUGAGAGUCAAUUUAAAUAUAAUUUAUUUUAUCCU